AUUGCCACGUAUCCCAGUUAUUAAGACAGAGAACCUUGAUCUCACCAAGCUACGCUGUGAAAUCAAUGAUGGAUCAACCAUCAUAUAUUACCCUUCAGGAAGGAUUGCUAUCUGUCGUAGCCAAUCUUGUUACUCAUGCCCGGGAGCCUUUUACACCAACGUGUUCAGUGAUACACCAGAGCAUGUUAUCCUGGCCUCUUUCACACCCUUUGGUCUUGGCAGUGUGUGCUUCCCCAAUGGGUAUUUGAUGGCUCUGUGUAUUGAUGAAGAAGGGGGAAUGGCAGCAAAUGAGGAUGAAACCGAAAUUAAGAUUUGGAAAUGGCCGAGGAUAGGCAAGAGGUUUGAACCAGUCCGAAUUAAGAUUAAUGAGAACAUCACAGUGCGGGUGUUAGGGCAGUUCUCUAUCUGGCUGAUAUUCCGAUGGUAUUACGAGGUGUUCCGCUUUCCUGUCGCCUCCCUGUUGGAUGUGAUUCCUCCCAAACCAGAAGAAAUGGGUUACAUUCAGACUGACACCAAAUUUACAUCAAAGAUUGGUAAAGAGCUCUUAAGGAUCAGAGCAAUAAAACUGAAGGAGAAGGCGAUGAAGAAUAAAGGGUAUAAAAGAAGUCAAAGGAGCCAAUCAAUUGGUCAACAGAUGAAAAAGGACUCAGUAGACCUCUACAGUCUCACGCUAUCCAUGCAUUUUCUGGCACAAGAUCUGUGGCGUACACAAGUGAAGAUAAGGCAGAUCAUACAGGACUGGCUGAACUAUUAUCGAACUGAAACAGGACUAAACCGACUUAUUCCGUUCAAGUUGCCCGACUCUCCUACCAGAACCCAUCACCGGAACCUGCGUUCAAAAAUAGCUAUGCCUCGCUCCAAGAAAGAACAUCUUCACAGCAGAACAGAGGUGAAGAGUUUCAACUCCGAAGAAAUUUGCAAACAAGUACAGUGUUUACCUCUGAGCCCCUCAUUUAUCAAGAAUUAUUUGACGGCGAGCAUAAAACGUGACAGUUUGGAUGAGGUGAAGACAGUGAAACGUGUGCCUAGAUUUCGCAAGCCUGUCAAACUAAGUGUCCCUGAAGAUGACAAACCAUGGCUCAGUUCCUUCAACCCGUGUCCUGUGGCUUUGCGGCUGGAGAUGAUGGGGGAAGGAGUCAAACGCUGCAAAUGCAGUAACCAUAAGGUUCCCACUAUCACUGACCUGGAGUAUGAUACCUUCCUCAACACCCAGAUGCCUGGAGUUGAGCAAAUCCUUGUUGUCUAUGUGGUGUCGUCGGAGCAAGGCAGAGACAUAGUGAAUGAGAACAUGUUGGAACAGCUUUACGAGAAGAAAAACCAAAACCGCAACUUGCCCUGUCCACAGAGCCAAGCUGACUCAUACCGUCUGAUAAAAUAUGAUAUCAACACGGCAGCUGAACAGUGGGGAGAAGAGCUUCCAUUACUACAAAAGCGACAUAAUGUCGACCCAGGCAUGUUCCUGAUGUACGGUGGGGGGAAGUUAUUGUUUGCUGACUAUAUCCUUAAUGGAUACAGUACCUCCAGCAAAGACCUCCUGAAGCAGAUUACUCAGACGUGGGAUGAUUACCUAAUGGGUCACCAUCUGCACGAGGACUUCAAGUUCAGACCCAUGUCAGUUAUACCUCGAAUGACUGUGGUUCCUAAUGUAGAGCCAGAAGAUGGUUUCUGGGCCACCUGUCCUGAACCUUUUGACAGACCAUUAUCCAAAGGGGCCUUUAAGCUGGACAAAUGCCUUCAGUCUUAUGACAGGACAAUACCAGUCACAAGGUUCAUACCCCUGAACUUGUCCCAAACAAGUUACCUGAUUUGUGAGCAGAAAAAGAUACCUGAGAUAUCACAUAUACCGACAGAUUCUUGGAUGAAGAGUUGCUGCCCAUUUAAGCCAGCGGAUAUAACACUGGGGCAACAGGAUAAAGCCAGUCUACUGGCGUAUAAUAUGCGUCAUACCUAAGUGGGAGCAGUGGCUGUACGUUAAUAAUCACAAUGUUAAAUUCAGCUGAAUGUAGCUAUGAAGAAAACAGCGUUAUUCAGAACUGUGAUU